GCCGGGGAGGACUGGGUUCAUCGCCGCUUGCCUGUUGCCAAGGGGCGGAGCGAGCGCGGCGAUGGGACGAGGGAGGAGAUGGAGCGGGUGGCGAGGGAGACGGGCGUUUUGUAUUGUGCGGUUGUUUAUGUGGAUCCCCUUCGAGGGUGUCUGGGGAAGAGGAGGAAGGUUAUGCCUACAGGAACAGAACGCCUCAUCUGGGCACAAGGCUCACCCUCGACCCUCAAAGCCGUGACCACCCACCUCAACGGCGUCCCUGUCACCCUCGCGGCAGCAAUCUGCUGGGAAAACUACAUGCCUCUCCUGAGACAGAGCCUCUACGCCCAGAACGUCAAUAUCUAUCUCGCCCCCACGGCUGACGCCCGAGACACCUGGCUGUCGCUUAUGCGAACGGUUGCCUGCGAGGGCCGCGCGUUUGUGCUCUCGGCGAACCAGUGCGUGAGGUAUAAUGAGUUGCCCGAGUGGGUGACCUGUCCCCCUGGCGCGCAACAGACGCAGACGCAACAGAUGCAGGUACAGACGCAGACGCAGACGCAGACCAGGCCGCCGCAUCGCAAGAAGCAUUCCAUUACGGCCGAGGGGCCGCAUGAGAUCGUUUGGCCCGAGGCCGAUGGGGAGAAGAAGGUGGAGACUGUGACGGAGGCGCCCGUGACGGCUCCUCCGGCUGCUGCUUCUGCUCCUGCGGCUGAUGGUGUUCCUCAUGGUGAUGAUUUUGUCUGCCGCGGGGGAUCGUGCAUUGUCGGCUGCCAGGGUGAGGUGCUGGCCGGCCCGAUCUGGGAGGUCUCUGCGGAUGAUGCGCCCGACUCGGCUGAAACGGCUCACGCGGCUGGGACCGAUGCCGAUGGAAACGCGGUCGGGGAUGGGCUGCUGGUGGCCGAGAUCGAUGUGGAGGACUGUGAGCGCGGACGCUUGGAUAUGGACGUCGCGGGGAGCUAUUCGCGCAACGAUGCGUUCAAGUUGACGGUCGAGGGGUUGGACCUGAGCCCUCCUCCGUUCUAAUUCGCGGCAACAGACUAGGAUAACAACUAAAGUUGUGUGCGGGAGCUCAGAUUUAGUUGAAGUGAACUCCAUAGGAUUAUCAUAUAGGUCGUAAAU